AUGAGUGAAUCAAAUAAAUCUACAACUUCCGAGCAGAUGGAUGACGUAAAUCAAAUAGGUCCAUUUGCUAUCGUACCAAAGUAUGAUUGUCCUCAUGUGGGUGAUCGUGUUGAAUUAUUACUUUCAUCGACUCAAUUUGAUCGUGAACAUCAACCGCCUUGUGUUGAUUGUAAUAAAACACAAGAGAAUUGGGCUUGCUUACAUGAGAACUGUAAUUAUAUUGGUUGUUCUCGUUAUCAUCAAAAGCACAUGUUAAAUCAUCAUGAAUCAACUGGACAUAACAUUUGUCUUAGUUUUUCAGAUCAAUCAAUCUUUUGCUAUGCAUGUGAUAGUUACAUUGAUAGUCCUCAAUUGUAUAAUCUCAAACAACAACUAAAUAAAGCUUCUAGUUAG